AUGACACGCGACAAGAGCUUGACGUCUGAACAGGACUACCAAGUGGACUUGUACCUGCGUCAGACGUGGUAUGAUGCGCGACUGAAGCACGAAGAUCUCGUCCAGCCGCUGGACUUGAACGACCCUAAGCUGGUGAAGGCGAUCUGGAAGCCUGAAGUGUAUUUCCCCAACGCCAAGCACGCUGAGUUUCAGUUCGUGACCGUGCCUAACGUCCUCGUCAGGAUCAACCCGCACGGCGAGAUCCUUUACAUGCUCAGGCUGAAGCUUGUGUUCUCCUGUAUGUUGGAUCUCUCCAAGUUUCCUUUCGACUCGCAAAUUUGCACAAUGGAAGUCGCCAGCUUUUCGAAGACAAUGAAGGAGCUGGACCUGCGCUGGAAGAAGGACGAUCCUAUCAAGAUGUACCGGGACCUAUCAACACAAGUGAGUGGUGAGAGGGAACGUCUCAACUAAAUCAACACAAGUGACCAUUGUUCUACUACCCUUCACAUCAUCUCAGGCAACUACAGCUGCCUAGUGGCAGAGUUCCACAUGCGUCGGUCGCUGGGCUUCCACCUGGUCCAGUCUUACCUGCCUACCAUCCUCACCGUGGCCAUCUCCUGGGUCAGCUUCUGGAUGGACAUCGGCUCUGCACCAGGCCGAACUACACUCGGAGUCACCACGCUGCUCACCAUCUCGUCUAAAUCAUCAGAGAUCCAGGGCGACUUGCCGCAAGUCUCCUACGUCAAAGCCAUCGAUGUCUGGAUGGGUGCCUGCACAGCUUUCGUGUUCUGCGCUCUUCUGGAGUUCACCCUGGCCAACUACAUGUGGAGGAAGCCCCCUAAGGUGCAGGCGCCCAAAUCCAUGGACGGCCUUAGGAACAUCAAAGCACAGGAUCUAACCCACGACUGCAAGGCUGACCCACAUCUCCAGGCAGGCUGCCAGCAAUGCUCCAACAGCAACGGCAAAGCUGAUCUAGACCAGGGCAUGGACCCCAAUCUCUUCGCCGUCCCGCCUGGGAACAUCACGCACGUGAGCGGACGAGUGCCUAUGGUAAAUGACCUAUCGCUGCUGGCGCCUCAUCUGUAAUGUAAUUAAUUGAGUUACCCUUACAGCACGUGAGCG